AUGUCCAUGAAGCCAGAGGUCAAAAGGUCUGCCGCCGAGCCGAAGUCUGGCCAGGGGCCCCCGCUCUACAGGCCGCAGCAUUACUACGAGUCUCCGGCUGGCAUCCACAAGGUUGACUCGAUCCUGCGGCACUUGCAGCAAACGGAGAGCCAUGACUGGGUGGGAGAGAUCACACACUGGGGCACGCAGGUCUUGUACCUCUUGCUGCAGAACUACAACAUCACGCGACUCAGCAUCCAGAGCAGCAAUUUCCAUUUGAUAUUUCUUACGACAUUCUUCUUCGCUCAACGCAUCUGGUUUUUCCUCUGGCGGAUGACGCAGUUCUCGGAUGCUCAUGGGGUUCGCUUUGCGUGUCAUCUCACCCUUUUCUUCGUCACUGUGGAUUCCCUGUACUGCGGUCUUACGCUCGCCAUGCAGGACUCACUUGCAGGGAUCUACUUGGCGCUACCCUUGCUGCUGAGUGUGCUCUUUUAUCACGGCUACUUGAAAUCACAGACCAACGUUUUCACUGCCGAGAUCUUCAACAUGCUCAGACGGUGCGGGUACCACAGCCUUGAAGCUGCCUACUGCAUUGGUGUGUUACCUCUGAGGUUUGUGCGGUACGACUACAUCUACUACGAUACCUCCCGAUGUGCUUUCUUGACGUUCCUCGUCACGGUGCACAUCUUCCUCAGCUUCUUGUGUCUGGAGCUGCACUGCUUGGGGUCCGAGGCGCUUCAACAGACUCGAAUGCUCGGCGAGUGGCGAAGGAUGUCGGAACUGGCUCCAAAGCACGCGAAACCACAGGAGUGGUCGAGCCACAGCUGUCCAUACCCCCGAGGUGCUGUCGUCUUGUGCAAGGGGCGGUACUACGAAGCUCUGGCUGCGCUGAAUACCGUCAUGCCCACGAGCCCGCAGUCCUUGAUUUGGCCCAUUGCCUACAUCCUCGGUGACUCGCAGCGUGCAAAGGCUUUUAUGUUGGUUGCCCUGCUCAUGCUGAAUGUGGUUCUGGUGCAGCUGGUGGUUUGGUCCAACCAGUGGAUCAUGUAUGCAAUCAUGAUCAUUCCCAACAGCAUCCACUUCUUGUAUGUCAAGCUCCGAACAACUCACUCCUUCUUCAAUCCUGCGCAUCUACACCUCAGGCAGCUGCAAUGGGAUCUUUCCAUGGCACCGCCGCGAGGCGAAGGUGGAGAGACAUCUCAGUCUCCAAUCCUAUGCUUUAGGCUUUCGGGCCAACCCGGCAACCCUAACCCCCAGUAG